AUGCGUGGUGGACGUGGGAUCUAUUAUUGGGCUGGUGGUGAUAAGUAUGUUGGUGAAUUUAAAGAUGGUAAGUUCUGUGGGGAGGGUAUAAAAUAUUUUGCAGCUGGAAAUAAAUAUGAAGGAAGUUGGACGAAUGAUCAACAGGAAGGACACGGGAAAUUUACAUUUAAAUCAGGUGAUCGUUAUGAAGAAAAUCGGAAUAAAGGGCACAGAUCUGGGAAAGGUAUUUAUAACUUUGCAAAUAGAAAUAAGUACGAUGGAGACUGGAAAGACGGAGUAAAACAUGGUAGUGCAGUGUUUACUUUUCCUGAUGGAACGGUUAAAGAAACAACAUUGGAAAAUGGAAAAGAAACAGAAGAAGAAGAAAACAUAGAUUUAAACUAG